CCUGCCUCUGCCGCCGGGACGCUCAAAAUCCGAAGUGAUUCCUGAAAAUUCAUCCGUGUGUAGAAGUGGUUGCCAGACGGUUGCCUCUGCGGGGAUCCAGCCUGCCGGGUCUGGUGCGGAGGAGGCUCCCUUGGCUGCUGGUGCCGAAGGAGAGGUCGGCUUGUGCUGGGAAGGAUUUCUGGUCUGGUAAUGGGAGUGCUGAUCUGAGCUCUGCAAGGGGAGCCACGAAUGUGGAGGGGAGAUUCGAAUCACCCAGCUGAGGAGAAAGAGAACUAAACCAGAGCUGAUCCACUUCCAUCCCACGGGAGCACUCCUGGGAGGCUCAGUGCCUUGGAGGAGGGAAGAUGGCUCAGGAGACCAACCAGACCCAGGUGCCUCUGCUGUGCACCACGGGCUGUGGCUUCUAUGGCAGCCCCCGCACCAACGGCAUGUGCUCCGUCUGCUACAAGGAGUUCCUGCAGCGCCAGCAGAGCAGCGACCGCAUCAGCCCCUCAGCCCCCACUGGUGCCAGCAGCAGCCCCAUGGCCUCCGAGUCGAUCGCAGGGCAGCGUGCGGAGGGAGACUCCAUGCCUGAGGAUGCAAAAGCCAGUGCCCAGACUCCUGUGACCCAUCAGAUGACAGCCAUGAGCAUAUCCAGAGAAGAAACCAGCAACGAGGCAGAAGAACUUGGCAAGGCAGAAGAAGUCUCAUCAGCAUCUUCCUCAUCAGGUACCCUGCUUGAAGUGUCCCAGAGCACUGCUGAGGACAAGACAGCUGCAGAGAAACCCAAACAGAAGAAGAAUCGCUGCUUCACCUGCAGGAAGAAGAUUGGGCUGACUGGCUUCGACUGCCGCUGCGGGAACCUGUUCUGCGCCAUCCACCGGUACUCCGACAUGCACGCCUGCCCCUACGACUACAAGGCAGAAGCUGCCGAGAAGAUCCGUAAGGAGAACCCCGUCGUCGUGGCCGAGAAGAUCCAGAAGUUGUGAAGGGGCUGAGCAGCUCGAACUGCAGCCCGGUGGCCUGGUGCUCCUCCCCUUCCUCCCAGCCUUCUUCCUCUUCCUCCCGGCCCCCCUGCUGGUGUGACGGAGGCUCCGGCAGCGCACACGAACGAGCCCCCGGAGCCGGGGGACUCCUCGCACCUCUCUCUUACCCCCUCCUGCCCGUCCAGCACCCGCAGCUCAGGCGAUCCGUUUCCCGAGCAGCUUCCCGAGGGAAAAGGAACUGUCCUGACCUGCUGAUCCAGCCCUGAGCCCUUCAGACUUGUUUGGCACGGGGUGGUUUGCACGGCAGGGGCAG